AUGGGAACGACGAGAUCGGAAACGGAAACCGGGGCGGAGACCGGAGCAGUCCGCGACAGCGCCGAGGACUGGAAGUCGAAGCCGCCCUACCGCACGGCGGCCGCGAACGAGCACUUCGACAAGAAGUGGACGGCGCACUGCCACUGCGGCCGCGUCAGGUACUGGCUGUCGCGGGACAAGCCCCUCGCCGCCAAGUUCUGCCACUGCAUCGACUGCCAGGCCCUGCACGGCGCGCCGUUCCAGUGGGCCGCCAUCUUCCGGAAGGAGGACCUGCACUUCGAGAAGGGCUCCGAGGGCCUCGCUUUCUACCACGCCCCGGAUAGGACGACGGUGCACAAGCUGCCGUGCAAGGUGUCCUGCGCGUAUUGCCACUCGCCGAUUAUGGAUGAGGGCAGGAAUAUGGUCCUCAUGUUCCCCGGCAUUAUCAAGUUUAGCGACGCCGAGCAUAAGAAAUUGUUCGAUCCUCACCAGCGUGUUGUAGAUUUGCACGACGGGAAACCCAAGUGGUCGAAAUUAGACGGGCAGAGCGAGCUCGUGGAGGAGGUUGGUAGAACGGAUUCUAGCGAAUACACUGUUCUAGGCGAGGCUAGAAAUGAGAGUAAGGGUGAUUGA